AUGGCGCACCUCCUCCCGUCGCAGGCCGUCAAGGCCAUCGACCGCCAGCGGCACGAUCUCGUCGCGUACGAGUACCUGUGCCACCUCGCCGAGGCGCGCGACUGGCUCGAGACCAACAUCGUGACGCGGUCGAGCGCGAGCGCACCCCUGUGGAGGAGCAACUCGAUCAACGACUUUGAGCAGAGCUUGCGGAACGGGUACGCGCUUGCGCACCUCGCGAGGAGCCUCGGUGGGCCGGCGUGCCAGGGCCCGAUCUAUGCCGAUCCCGAGCGGCACUUUCGCCACACGGUCAACAUCAACCUCUUCUUCCAGCUCGUCAACGAGGUCGGCUUGCCCGAGAUCUUCCGCUUCGAGACGGUCGACCUGUACGACGCCAAGAACCUGCCCAAGGUCAUCUACUGCCUGCACGCCCUGUCGCACCUCAUGGCGCGCCGAGGGCUCACGUCCAAGAUGCACGACCUCGUCGGUCAGCUCGACUUCACCGACGACGAGGUCGGUGCCGCGCAAAAGGGCCUCAACGGCGUCCGCAUGCCCAACUUCCGCGGCAUCGGCAAGGCGCUCGACAAGCACGAGCCGCCCAUCGUCGAGGAGCCAGAGCCCGAGUCGUCCGAGGACCGCACCCGGCGCCUCCUCGCCGAGGCCGAGGGCGGCGUGCGCGCGCUCCAGGCGGUCGCGAGGGGCGCGCUCGCGCGGCGGGCGGCCGAGCGCGAGCGGCAGCGGCUGAGGCUGCUCGAGCGGCGGCGCAGGGAGGAGGAGGCGGAGCGCGAGAGGGUGCGCGUCGAGGAGGAGGAGCGGCGCAGGGCGCUCGAGGCGGCGGAGGAGGAGCGGCGGCGAGCGGCCGAGGAGGAGGCGCGGCGCAGGGCCGCAGAGGAGGAAGCCCGGCGCGUGCGAGCCGAGGAGGAGGCGCGCCGGGUCCAGGCCGAGGAGGACGAGUGCCGCCGCCGCGAGGAGGAGGAGGCCCGUCUCGCCGCCGAGGAGGCCGAGGAGGAGCGGCGGUACCAGGCGGCGGUGCAGGAGGCGGCCCGCACGCUCGUCGGCUUCCAGGCCCGUGCGCGCGGCGAGCUGCAGCGCCGCCGGCUCGACGCCGACAUGGCGCGCCUCACCCAGGUCGAGCCGCACGUCACCGCCUUCCAGGCCGUCGCGCGCGCCGCCCUCGCUCGCCGCGCACUCGGCGCCACGGUCCGCGAGCUGCGCGCUGCCGAGCACGGCGCGACGGCGCUCCAGGCGGCGUGCCGCGGCGUCCUCGCUCGGCGGGCCCUCCUCGGGCGCAUCCGCCACCUGCGCUCGACCGAGGGCUUCGUCAUCGGCGUCCAGGCGCACGUCCGAGGGCUCCUCGCGCGCCAGGCGCACGCGUCCAAGGCGCGCGACCUGCGCCGCACCGAGGUCGUGCGCUCGAUCGGCGGCUUCCAGUCGGUCAUGCGCGCCGAGCUCGCCCGGCGGCGCGUCCAGACGCAGCGCCAGGAGCUCGGUUUUGUCGAGCCCGACGUCGUCGGUAUCCAGGCCCAGACGCGAGGGUACCUCGGCCGCAACGCGUUCCUCGCGUGGAGCGACCACGUCCACCGCAACGAGCCGACCGCCGUCUGGCUCCAGGCCAUGCUCCGAGGCGUCCUCGCCCGCCGCCGGUACAACGACCUGCACCGCCACUUCCACCACAACAUGAGCCAGGUCGUGCGCCUCCAGGCCGCGAUCCGCUCGCGCCGUCAAGGGUCGCAGUACCGCCAGCUGCGCAAGGGCACCAACGUCCCGGUCGGCACGAUCAAGAACUUUAUGCGCCUCCUCGAUGACUCGGAGUUCGACUACCGCGGCGAGCUCCAGGUCGAGUCGCUGCGCAAGGAGCUCGUCGGCGCCAUCCGCGAGAAGCAGGAGCUCGAGGAGGACGUCAAGGACCUCGACACCAAGAUCGCCCUCCUCGUCAAGAACAAGAUCACGCACGAGGUCGCGCGCGCCCAGCGCUCCAAGCUCGGCACGCUCGCGCCCCUCAAGCGCAGCUCGCUCCUGUCGGCCGCCAACGACCCGUUCGCCGGCGGCCAGCUGGACCACCACACUCAGCGCAAGCUCGAGCUGUACGAGCAGCUGUUCACGCGCCUCCAGACCGAGCCCCAGUACCUGUCGCGCCUGUUUGCGCACUCGGGCGCGCUCGGCCUGAGCGACAAGGCGCAGAAGGCGGUCGAGUCGAUCACGCUCCUCGUCUUCAGCCAUGCCCAGGGUCACCGCGAGGAAUUCCUCCUCCUCAAGCUCUUCCAGCGCUCGAUCGAGGAGGAGGUCGUCAACCUGCCCAACCUGAGCGCCUUCAUUCGCGGCAACUUUGCGUUCCUGCGCCUGUUCGUCAACUACGGUCGCGGUGUCAACCAGCGCUCGUACCUCGCCGACACGCUCGGCAACGAGGUCAAGGCCGUCAUGGGCCGGCAAGGGCUCGACCUCGGCACCAACCCGGUCGACAUCUACCGCAACGUCGUCGCCGAGGAGGAGAUGCGCACCGGCCGACCGUCGCAGCGCCGCAAGGAGGUCGACAACAAGCACGCGCUCGCCGACCGCGAGACCAACACGGUCUUUAUUCAGCACCUUCUCGCUCUGCGCAACACGACGACGGCCUUCCUCGCCGCCAUCUUUCACUCGACGCCGUCGAUGCCGUUCGGCGUGCGCUAUGUUGCGCGCGAGAUCUUCCGUGCCCUGCGCGCUCGCUUCCCGCAAGAGUCCGAGGAGAACGUGCUGCGCGUUGCGGGCCACGUCGUGUACUACCGCUUCCUUCAGCCGGCCAUCUUUGCCCCCGAGACCUACGACAUCGUCGAGGGCGUCGUCCCGCCGAUCCAGCGGCAGAACCUCGGCGAGGUCGGCAAGCUCCUGCACCAGAUCUCGAUCGGCCGCCUCUUCGAGCAAGAUCAGGCGCACCUGCAGCCCAUGAACGAGUUCGUCGCCUCGAGCUGGGGCAGCUUCCGUCAGUGGCUCUGCGACGUCAUCCACGUCGACGACGCCGAGACGCACUUUCACGCCGACGAGUUCUCCGAGGCGGCCGCUGUCCGUCGCCCCAAGAUCAACAUCACCCCGAACGAGAUCUACGCCCUGCACAGCAUCCUCGCCGAGCACCUCGACACGGUCGCGCCCGAGCAGCAGGACCCGGUCCGCCUCGUCAUCGAGGAACUCGGCGGCGUCCCCGCAGGCGGCAGCGCCGAGCUCAACCGUGCUCGGGCCGACGCCAUCGCCCUCACGCUCGCACCUCGAGUGCUCCCCGAAGAAGAUCCCGAGGCCGUCCAGAAGCAGCUCUUCAGCCGGGCCAAGCGUCGCGUCCUCGCCAUCCUCAAGGUCCACCACGGCAGCGACCUCGAGGCCGUCCUCGCGCAGCAGGUGACCGAGGACGACGAGGACCUGUGGGCGCGUCUCGUCGACGAGGAGGACGAGGAGGAGCAGCGACAAGCGCAGGCGCAGCGCCGGCCCGUCGUCGUCCAGUUGGACGACAUCCGCAACAUGUCGUUCCAGGAGCUCAAGAUGGCCACCCUGUCGGACAUCCUCGAGCUGCGCAAGACGGGCCUCGUCUCGAAGAACGACAAGUACCAGGCCAUCCUCAACGCCCUCGCUCGCGACAUCCGCUCCAAGCACCACCGCCGCGUCCAGCGCCAGCAGGAGCUGCAGACCAUGCACGCGACGCUGUCUUCCCUGCGCGACAACAAGCGGUACCUGAGCGACCAGAUCAACUCGUACCACGUCUACAUCGACCAGUCGAUGGCGGGCAUCCAGAAGAAGUCGAAGAAGCGCCUCGUCCUGCCGUGGUCGAUGCAGGCGAGCCACGAGCGUCAACUGGAGAAGGAGGGCAAGCGCUACGCCUUUGGGUCGUACAAGUACACGGCCCAGAAGCUUUACGACCAGGGCAUCCUCCUGUCGAUCGACCAGUACUCGCCGAAACAGUUCGACAAGGUGUCGAUCACGAUCAGCUCGGACGAGGUCGGCGUGUUCGAGGUCAAGGCGCAGUACAUGGGCGUCGCCGUCACGACCGUCGAGCUCAAGCUCGAGGACCUCCUCGAGAUGCAGUUUGUCGGCAAGCAGACGCUCUCGAUCGGCGACGUCGCCAAGACCAACCUCUCGCUCAUCAUCGCCCUCAUCAACCGCAAGUUCUACCAGUAGCUCGUCGUCGCCGCGUCGUCGUCGGCCUUGCUCUCAUUUCGCCUUUCUUCUCCCAAGCCGUUCAUCCCUUAUUUCCCGCAUCCCUCGCAGCGUUCUCGAUACCCCUCCUUUCCGGCUCGUCUCGACCCAUCCUUAGCGCCCCCUUGUUGCUGCUCUGUGCUGUAACGAUCGCGUUCGUCUC